UAGACCUGGUCUCUUUUAGGCGGGUAGAUCUGGCGCGAGCCGAGGGGCGGGGCCGGCGCGAGGCGCGGGAACUGUAAACGGCCCCUAUUGCAUCAUCACUCCGCGCCGAAUAGUGGGCGGGAGUCAUGGUGCAGCUCGGGAGCCGCCUCCUGAAAGGCUACCGUGGCGGGCACGUCGUGAUCCGUUUCGCCCUCGGAGGCUGCGCCAACCGGCCUUUUUUCCGCAUCGUGGCAGCGCACAGCAAGCGCGCCCGCGACGGGAAGUACCUGGAGCAGCUCGGCUGCCUCGACCCGCUGCCCAACGUCCACGGCGAGAGGGUGGCUGGGCUCAACCUGGAGCGGCUGCGCUACUGGCUGGGCUGCGGCGCGCAGCUCUCCCGGCCCGCCGAGAAGCUCCUGGGUCUUGCGGGGUUCCUGCCGCUCCACCCCAUGACGGUGACCGGUGCCGAGAGGCUGCGCCAGAGACGACAGCGAGAACAGCAGGCGGGCAUUGCCUCUGCCGACAGGACCGGCGCCGGGCCCUGACAGACGUGCCGGCCGAGAGGCCCGGCCCUGGCCUGAGGAAGCAUCUUGCCCUCUUAGUGUAUGACCACAUUAAAGUGUCAUCUGCACACUCUACACUGUGCAUCUGCUGCUUUCUAGAGACUCCGUUCUGAAUCAAAGUUUAUUGUGACCAAAUUUGGUGCACAGAGAUAAAAGAGGUUUUGCUGCUCUAAUGCACAUAGAGAACCGUUCCAGGAGACACAUACAGCUUUUUCUAAAGGCAUGCCAUUGGCUCUAGCAUCUCCCUCUCUGCAGCAAUGGCAUGGCUACUGCCAGUUUCCAUUUGCCUGCUCUACUUGUCAAAUGUUUUGACUCCUGGCUCUGAUUUACUGUAACAGGACAGUCCAAGGGUUCAGGAGAUGCCUGGCACAGAAAAAUGGAAGUGCAGCUAUAUUUCUGUUUACUUUCUCCAGAGAGAUUCUGGGCCUCUCCAGAGAGAAAAAGGGAAAGAUUUCAGUCUCAUUUUAAGAGAGAUAGGGCACGCCUGAAGUUGAGCUAUGAGUCUUACUCUUACAUCACAUAUUUGACUCUCUUCCAAGAGGCAAAACGCCUGCCAAAGUCUCUCUCUUACCUUAGAUGCACCUUCUGCUUCUUUGGGGUUUAUUUUGGCACAACUCUAGCCUGUCCCAGCACUGCUGCCCUACAACUUUUGCUGUUGUCUGGGGUGUUGCAGCCUGAAAUUUGCCAACCUAAAUGUAGGCCCACUUUCACCAGCACCUUCCCCUCCACUGACCCUGCUACAGAAGCAGCAGUCUGGGGCAAAGGAAUAGCCAAUGGAAAGGUGCUGCAGCCGUUUCUCUAGUGAACAUCAACAAAAACCUUCCCUGCAGGAAAGUGGGGCUAAAUGAAUCAUUAUGUCUUUACAACCACAGGUAUGGAAAAUGUUUAUUUAGAUAAAUUAAACAGAUGCUGGAGAUCUCCCUUGGCAUUUCAGUCCCAGUACUCAUAGAAUUCUCAAUAUGUUUACUGGACUUAAUGCAAUUCAUUGGGUGUUAUUACGGUAAUGGCAUCUAAAAGUUUCUCCUCUCUCCUAAGACUGUCUCCCUGUCUGAGGAAGGGAAAACAAAUAUCAAGAAAGCUACCUUUUACACAAAUUCUUUCUUUUAAUAAAAUAAAGUGUAUCUCCUAUAGAGUACAAGAUGACUAACUACUCAUUUCUAGAAAAUAAAUUGACUAGAAAACUCUUUUGAAUAGUUCCCAAUAUAGCUUUUCUUGAUAUAUAUAUACAGUCAUACAAUUUUAUUCUAUUUGAUUCUUGAGAAGACUCAUUUUUUCCAUUCAAAGAUACAGCAGAAGUUCCUAAAUCAUUAGGUUGUCUUUUUUUGAGAGACACAGCAGAACUCGAGUGAACUGCAGACACAUGCUGAAAUGCUUACAGCUAGCUUCAUUACAGACAUGAGACAACAACUGAUAAAGUGUUUUCCCUGUCAGUCUCCCCAUUUUCCCGUCUUCUGUACAUCUGUAACAAAUACCUUAAUGAGCAUACACAAAUAAUUGCUGUAAAGCAGUCUUUAAUGAUACGGACUUAUUCAGAGUUAACCUUUAGGUAUCACUGAAAAACAGCACAGCAUAACAUCAUUUUCCUGCCUAAACUUGUGCAUCUCUUUUUCUAACCAGAAAUUUUCAGAUUUAGACAGAAUAUUUGAAGUGUUUGGAUUCCAAAAGCUAGAUACCACGUUGUAGCUCGCAGUUCAACAGGGAUUGUAUACAGUAAUUUCUGUAAAAUACAAAAUGUAUGACGAAGAGAAUAAGCAAGUAAUAACUUUUAAAGUUAUUUCUAUGGAUUUGGUGCAACUCUACUUGAUGGUGACAGGCCCCAUUUUUUUUUCCAGAUGCCACUAGUAUACUGCUCAAAGACCCAAAUUAACACAGAAUGAUGUUGACUUAAAAGUACUAUGUAUGUAACACUACUUUAAUAUAUAUGCAAAAUAAAGUCCAUAUCCCAUAAAAUAAAAAA